AAACCCUAAAGAAAAACUAAGAAGAAUUCAAAAUUCACCAAAAAAGCAACGUUGUUCAAGGUGUAAAAGAACACAAAAACAAGAAGAAUUUGGAUACACUUCUAUAGGAAAGGCAUUCAAAACUUGUAAAAGUUGUAGACAACGAGCAGAAAAUAAAGGAUAUAACUCAACACAAUAUUGA